CUGGGCUGCGUCUCUGGCUUCAUGGCCGCCCUCACUUCCGGCUUGGGCCUCCUGGGAUACCUGCUGUUUCCGCUUCUACUGACUACCCGCACCUGGGUCACAUCAGUCAGUCUCCGACUCCCAAAAAGCCAGGCAAAUUCACUGAGCGGUGACGUGGCCUGUGGCCAGCCAGUUCUGCAAGGCAAGCUCUUGGGUGGAGAGUUUGCUCGUGAUCGGAAAUGGCCGUGGCAGGUCAGCUUGCAUUACUCUGGCUUUCACGUCUGUGGUGGCUCCAUCCUCAAUGCCUACUGGGUGCUGUCGGCAGCACAUUGCUUUGACAGGGGGAAGAGACUCGAAACCUAUGAUAUAUACGUGGGCAUCACCAACCUUGAGGAGGCCAACAGACAUACCCAGUGGUUUGAGAUUCACCGGGUGAUCAUCCACCCCACCUUCCAGAUGUACCACCCUAUUGGAGGGGAUGUGGCGCUAGUGCAAUUGAAGAGCGCCAUCGUAUUUUCUGACUUUGUGCUCCCAAUUUGCUUGCCACCUUCCAACCUGGACCUCAUCAAUCUGUCUUGCUGGACUACUGGAUGGGGAAUGAUCUCACCGCAAGGCGAAACCGGGAAAGAGCUGUUGGAAGCCCAGUUGCCGCUAAUCCCUAGGUUCCAGUGUCAGCUGCUCUAUGGAUUAAAAUCCUAUCUCCUGCCAGAAAUGCUGUGUGCUGCAGACAUCAAGAACAUGAAGAAUGUGUGUGAGGGUGACUCUGGCAGUCCACUGGUAUGUAAGCAGAACCAGACCUGGUUGCAGAUUGGAAUAGUGAGCUGGGGACGUGGUUGUGCCCAACCUCUGUACCCGGGGGUGUUUGCCAAUGUCUCCUAUUUUUUGAGUUGGAUCCAUUUACACUUAAAAAACACACCCAAUCCUCCUCAGAUACUCCCCUCCCUCUCUUCAUCCCUGAGAAACACCUUAAACAUUUUUGCGACCAUAAUGGGGUACCUGCUGGUUUUGUGAGGACCGAGACGCCCAACCCCUUGAGCUGCCACGUGCCCUGUUUCUAUCCUCUAUAUAGCUUUCGAAUCCUGCUUCCACGCAUCUUGUUCCAUGAAGUCAGGACACUUGUCCCAGACUCUUAAGUCUGUAAGAGGCCGAGCAUGAGAUGUGGAGAGGGGCAGGACCAGGAGGGGGAGUUGGGGGACAGCUAGGGUGAACCAAGAGCUUGGGUUCUACUCAUGUGACAGUCAAAAGUUAUUAAAGAUUUGUG